AAUUCAAUGGGGACGUGUGGGACGCUCGGACACCAAUCAGGGUAACGUGGAGAAAGGCUGAGGAGGGAAGAGUAGGCUGAGAAUUAAACCGGUUUCUUAAAAUUCUCGUCAUUCAGCGAAGCGGUUACUAUGCCAUUCAGCAACAGUCACAACCUUCUGAAGAUGAAGUAUUCCGCGAAAGAAGAAUUCCCGGAUUUGAGCCAACACAACAACCACAUGGCUAAAGUUCUGACCCUGGAGAUCUAUAGCAAGCUGAGAGAUAAGCAAACCUCCAGCGGAUUUACCCUUGACGAUGUCAUUCAGACUGGGAUUGACAACCCAGGUCAUCCAUUUAUUAUGACAGUAGGUUGUGUUGCUGGUGAUGAAGAAUCCUAUGUGGUUUUUAAGGACCUCUUUGAUCCAGUCAUUCAGGACCGUCAUGGUGGCUACAAACCUACUGAUAAGCAUAAAACUGAUCUUAACCAUAAGAAUCUCAAGGGUGGUGAUGACCUAGAUUCCAAUUAUGUGCUGAGUAGCCGAGUCCGCACAGGACGCAGCAUACGUGGCUUCUGCCUUCCCCCUCACUGCAGUAGAGGGGAACGUCGUGCUAUUGAGAAACUUUCAGAAGAAGCUUUGGGAAGUCUGGAUGGUGAGUUUAAUGGAAAAUACUAUGCCCUGAAGAACAUGACUGACCAGGAGCAGCAGAAUCUAAUUGAUGACCACUUCCUGUUUGACAAGCCUGUGUCUCCUCUGCUGUUGGCCUCUGGGAUGGCACGUGAUUGGCCUGAUGGCAGAGGCAUCUGGCACAAUGACAACAAGACUUUCCUAGUUUGGGUAAAUGAAGAAGAUCACCUUCGAGUCAUUUCCAUGCAGAAGGGUGGAAAUAUGAAAGAAGUCUUCACUCGUUUCUGUACAGGACUAACAAAGAUUGAAAAUGUCUUCAAAAACAACGGUCGUGCAUUUAUGUGGAAUGAACACCUUGGCUACGUCCUGACAUGCCCCUCUAACUUGGGAACAGGUCUCCGUGCUGGUGUCCAUGUGAAGCUGCCCAAUCUCAGCAAACAUGAUAAAUUUGGUGAUAUUCUGAAAAAGCUGCGACUGCAGAAGCGUGGUACAGGUGGUGUUGAUACUGCUGCAGUUGGUGGUGUGUUUGAUAUUUCCAAUGCUGAUCGUCUGGGUUUCUCUGAAGUCGAAUUGGUUCAAAUGGUGGUCGAUGGUGUGAAGCUGCUAAUUGAAAUGGAGAAACGCCUUGAAAAGAGUCAGGCUAUCAAUGAUCUUAUCCCAGCUCAGAAGUAAAGUCACUUUAUCGCACAACUUCUAAACUAUUCACUGGAUAUAUUGUAUAAUAUUAUGAAAACCUCCAAGAUGCCAGUCUGGAUUGGGGAGAAGUGUUGUCUUUAGCAAAAUAUCUUCCAUAAAUGUAGUAAUCUUCAAAUUAUAAUCACUGCAUUGUUAUUGUGAUGGAUUAAAAUGAAUAAAUAUACUUUGGUCCUUA